AUGGACCCCCAAGAAGCAUUGUACUUAUACACAGGUCCAUGCACGAAUCAGUAUUAUAAUAAAUUCUUUAAUCCGAAUCUUUGUCACGUGUGUAAGCGAAGUAAAGCGACUACAGGAGGCAACAGCGAGUUGCUACCGUGUGAAAACUGCCGCAUGAUUUUCUACUGCAGCGAAGAACAUAGAAGUCAGCACUGUAUUGAUCACUACGAUAUCUGCUUGUCUAUAUGCGAAAACUUGUCAAAAGAGUGCAACCAAGUGCCCUACCGUGUUGAUCUAUUCGUCUGGAUCUCGGCGAAGAGAAAGUUGAUGGAGCUCGUCAGGUCGAGUUUGAAGCGUAAACUGCAGCCGGACGAGGAACAGAUGCUCAUGUGCCGAAAGUCAUGUUUUAUUUGUCACAGACGGGACGGACUACAACACUGCACAAAAUGCUACGGCAGCUGCUACUGUGAUGAACACGCUGCGGUAUUUCGGCAACUGCACCACGACGCUAACUGCAAAGAGCUAUUGCUGAUGCUCAACUUGGAUAUCGUAACUAUGGAGCCCUCCGCAACUAUAUCAAAUCGGGUCAUUGCUCCUAACUUUCCUGAUCCCGCCAUACCAUGCUUCGACACUGUUUCAUUUAUUUUGGGAUACGUGCCAUGCGAGAGAAAAACAUGGGGGAUGCAUAAGCUGUGGACUAAUUCAGAUUUCAUCUUUAGCGAUUAUAUAUCGGGACCGUUGACACUCUAUUACGGGAUACAGAUGGCAAACUUAAUGCAUCUACUUGUGAAGAGCAAUUUCAUCGUCCAUGUUAUAGCCGCAAACGCUGUGGACAGAGACGGCCUGUCAGCUUGGGAAUUGUUGUUGCAUCUCUCGCAUAAUAUAAAAAGAAUAACUGUUAUAUUGAUAGGACCGGAAUUAUCGUUCACUUGCGUUCAACAUGGCAUAUGUAAAGCUUGCAACGCACGUGGACAGGUUUUUUACUACGAAUGCCAUUCCUUGCCCUACCACAAAUAUAUGUCCUGUCAGUUACAUCAUCGGCCAGAUGUGAUUAUAGGAUUUCAAGCAAACCUUAAUGCGACUCUUGAUAAUAGAGCAACAUGGGACGAAUCUUUAUUAGCAUUAAAGACUCAAAAUUGCCCGUUAUUCCUAACUAUGCGUGAUGCAGAUAAAGCGAGAGAAGAUUCGCAUAGGAUACAAGAUAUUUUGAGUACAGCGGUAAAACCUAUUUUUAGUAUCGAAAAUAUAUUCAGAGCUUUUAGACCAUAUAGAAACUUUGAUACUGAUUUUGUGUUUUAUCGUAAUGUUUGGCUCAUUUAUUACAAGAACUUACAUGAUCCAGGCGAGCAAAAAGAUAAAAAAGAGGGGAAUGGUAUGCUUGAAAAAUUAAGAAAUGUUAAAUCCCGUCUAUGA